AAUCAACAUGUCAGAGAACACGAGGGAGGUUAGCUCUCCAAAUGCGCCGCCUCUCGAGUUUCUGCUAUUGCAGCGAAUUCCCACUUCCGCGUCAAACAAACGACACAAGCCACCCCCACUCACGGGCGAAACACCAAUCGCAAAGAUGUUCGCUCCUCUAGACGCUCCGCAAAGAUUGCCUCUCACCGGUCGUGUCAUUUCUGCUACGUGCUUUUUACCCUACACACUUGGCUAUCGCCACGACGGACGGUGGGAGAUCAGCAAUAGAAGAGGCUCUUCUGCUCUCUAUGACUCUCUCAGGAGGCUCGGCGAUGGCGGUUGGGAGAGGGUGCUCGUUGGCUGGACCGGAGAGGUUCAGGAACUCGAGGGGCAUACAAAUGCGGAGAUUGGUAGUGGCUCGGGGUCUGGAAGGAUGAUUGAAGCCCCAGGCUUGAAGAAGGCCAAGAGCUAUCAUGUUCCUCCGCCUAUCCCUGUAAUCGAUGAUGGCACGAAUAGGAUGACCAUGAAGGGAGCAUACGGGAAGAAGGAGGAAGAUGACACGAUCAGGAUUAGUAUAGAGGAUAAGGCAGUCGCCGAGACCGCGCUUGCAGGGAAGGGCAAGGAGGAUGGGUGGGGUGAUAUCAAGCCUGUCUGGUUGGGCGAUGACGAGAAGGGGAUGCCCAUUGGUGGGGCUGGUCGGUGGAGAGACUAUGCUGAGAGAGGUAUUUUGUCUUUAGGUGGAUAUUGAAAAUAACAUGGAUACUAACUUCAAAGUAGUUAUUUGGCCAUUGUUCCACUACAUACUCCCUCAGCACGUUUCAUCGAAGGAGGAGGCUGCUUUGGAAGAGAGGGCUUGGUGGCGCGACUACCGUCUAUUCAGCGAUGCCUUUGCGGAUGCAAUCAUCAAAGUUUACAGAGAGGGAGACAUUAUUUGGAUUCACGACUACCACUUACUCAUUCUCCCGGAACUUCUACGUCAACGCCUUGGCAAAGACAUUUAUAUUGGAUUAUUUGUCCACGCUCCUUGGCCGACGAGUGAGAUCUUCCGCGUCCUCCCAAGGAGAAAGCCAAUUCUCGCUGGAAUGCUUGCUUCAAACAUGGUCGCCUUUCAGUCCGAAACUUAUAAGCUGCAUUUUAUCAUGUGCUGUAAGAAGCUAUUAAAUUUGACGGAGAGCUCGAGCAGAGAAGGGUGGGCUACAGGAGUCAAUGCAUUCGGUGCGCAUUGUGCAGUGGAGGCCUUGCCGAUUGGAAUCGAUGCGGAGAAGGUUCUCAGAUUAGCGAAGGGGCCCAAAGUCGCGGCGAAGAUGGAGACUAUCAAAAAGGCAUAUGAGGGUCUCCACAUUAUUGUUGGCAGGGAUAGGCUCGAUAGUGUCAGGGGAGUGGUGCACAAACUGAGGGCUUUCGAAAUGUUCCUCGAGAGGUAUCCGGAAUUCAUUGGCCAGGUAGAGUCACAUUCCCACCGGUAGGAAGUCAGUCGGGAAAUAACAUCUGAUGUUUGGUCAAAGGUUGUAUUGAUACAAGUAACUUCCCCGUCAUCGCUCUCCCAAUCCUCCACCAUCGAGCAUCAAGUUGCCGAACUUGUUUCCCAGAUCAACGGGAAGUAUGGGUCUCUGCAUUAUUCACCAGUGCACCACUACACACAAUACCUCGAACCGGAUGAGUACUUUGCACUCCUGCGCGUCGCCAAUCUGGGAUUGAUUACUUCCGUUCGCGAUGGGAUGAAUACCACCUCGUUGGAGUACGUCAUCUGUCAGCAGGAUACGCAUGGACCUGUGAUCCUAUCGGAGUUCACGGGAACUGCCGAGAGCCUGACUGAUGCAGUCAUUGUAAACCCGACCAACACCAGGGGUGUGGCAGACGCAAUAGCAACCUGUCUCGCGUUAACCCCCGCAGAGAAGAGCAAGCUUCAAAGCAAACUCUAUGAAUACGUGAUCACAAACACCGUACAAUCGUGGAAUAGCGCCUUCCUCAGAAAACUCACCAUGGAGCUCGCCUACAACCAGAAUCACCCGCUCACACCAGCCCUCGACAGAAAGAGGUUAUACACAAUGUACAAUGAGACGGAGAAGGAUUUAAAGACUGGAGAAAUCGGCGAGCGGAUCUUCAUGUUCGACUACGACGGCACGUUGACCCCCAUCGUUAGCGAUCCGGACCAAGCCACACCCUCUGACAAAGCCAUCAGGUGCAUCAAGAAGCUGGCGCAGCAAGAAGGGAACAGGGUCUGGAUAAUCUCCGGCCGCGACCAAGCGUUCCUGGAAAAGUGGCUCGGUCACAUUGGCGAAUUGGGUCUCAGCGCCGAACACGGCUGCUUCAUACGCGAACCAGGUUCCGACAAAUGGAUCAACCUAGCAGAGACAAUGGACAUGUCGUGGAAGGUUUUGUGUAUUGACAUAUUCAAGCGGUAUACCGAACGCACCCCCGGUACGCCCCCCUCCCCCCCGGUUUAUUGAGGAGGGAGAAAACUAACUGGAGUGAACAUAGGAUCCUUUGUCGAGCCAAAAAACGUAGCAGUAACCUGGCACUACCGUCGCUCUGACCAACAAUUAGGCGAAUUCCAAGCAAAAGAGUGUAUGACAGAAUUAGAAUCCGUGAUGAAAGAGCGAGGCUACGCUGUUGAAGUGAUGACCGGCAAAGCAAACCUGGAAGUCCGCCCGCGCUUCGUCAACAAGGGCGAGAUAGCUAGGAGGUUGGUGGCCGAAGCAAAGAGCAUGCCCUCCAUGGUAUUUUGUACAGGUGACGAUACUACUGAUGAAGGUAUGGUUCGCUUCCGCUAUUCUCGAAAGUGGGAGAGGGUGGGGAGAGCUAAUGGCUGCGGGGAGAGUGUUAGAUAUGUUUCGCGCACUCCAGAAAUCAAACCUGGCUAAAGAGAGAUUAUUCACUGUAACUGUCGGCCCGUCGUCGAAGCCGACCGAGGCCAAUUACCAUCUACUCGAGCCCGAGAACGUGAUUGAGUGUGUGGAGUUGCUGGUUGGGACUGUGAAGCCGAUGGAAUUGGGGAUUAUUGCCUAAGGGCUUGGGAAUAGUGUAGGAUACCAUGGUGCUCUGGGGAAGGAUAUCAUUCCCUUCCCUCUUUUGCCUAGCGUUUUUAUUUUUAAUGGGGAUAUCUUAGAAUUGCGGGCUUGGGGGACGAUUUGUCAAAAGAAGGGUACUGGCGGUAGCUAUACAGUAGCUGUGGUGGCUGGUUAUAUAUACUAGUAUAUACAAUCACCAAUUUCCCAGUCU